GGACAGCACGGGAAGAGGAGAAAUCCCGCGAUCUGGUAACGCUGGUGCGUAGGAUAAAAUGAGAAAAACGAUGAGCCACGUCGUCGCACUGUUGUCACGUAGUUAGUGUUAGUGUCGUCAGUCGUCGUCGUCGUCACUCGUCACUCGUCUGACAGUCAGUCGUCAGCUUCGUCAGCUGAAUUUUAAGAAUAAGGAACUUUUACUCCGUAUGUGGCUCUGUGCGAGGGACGGUGGGUGGUUGUGAUCAAUGCGUGUCAUUCUUGACAGCUCGCACCAAAUCGUCGCAGAUUGUCGCCGUUUUGUCAGAAAUUCAGGGAGCUGUUUGUAAAUUUUUCGUACAAUGAAACGUGCCGGGCAAUUUUUGGUAUGAAUUCGAUAUGUCGAGGAACAUGGAAACUGAAGAAGAUAAAAUGUUUUUGGAUUCCGGUGUCCCAGAAACAUCCGAGGAAAUGUCAAUUUCUACAGAAGAUCAUAACCUGAAAGUUCGACGGAGAAAUGUAAUUGAAACAGUGAACUCUUCAUCGAAAAAAGGAGAAACCUCCGAUUCUGACAGUGACGUACCACUGGUGAGAAUGUCCGAUUCCGUGAAAGCAUGGUACGAUAACGUUAUACCGCGAAUACCUGAUCUCGCGGACAUUAGUUCGUCAGGUAAACAAAACGGAAUGUUAAAUCGCGAUGACAAUGAUUCUUCAUUAGACCCUAAUUUUGGCGAUGCAGAGGCAUUGUCGAACAGAGAGAAAAUGAAGAUAAACAUCAUUCGGGGAAGUGUUGUCAAUCCGAAUCUGACAUUAGGAGAACUCAAACUACUGGGUUGCAGCAGCGAGGGUCUAGUUAAUGAUGAUAUACGAAGGGUUCUAUGGCCAAAGCUUUUGAGGCUUUCUGAAGAAACUAUUUAUUCCGUGAAUGGACUAGAAACUAUACACAAUCACAUACCAAAUGAAAUUUAUCAACAAAUAUUAAAGGAUGUUGCUCGUAGUGGUAGUCAUAUUUCUCAGGAUGCUACUCAAGAGGAGAUAGAUAACUUUCAUGAACAAUUGACACAAUUGAUGUGUUGGGUUCUUCACAAACAUACAACAUUAAAUUAUUACCAGGGAUAUAAUGAUGUAGCUGCAACCAUUUUGCUUGUCAUGGGCUUAGAAAAAAGUUUACGUGUGCUUGAGACGAUUUCUUUAGAAUUUCUCGAAAGAUUCAUGGAGAAGACAAUGGAAAAAGUAAAUCAAGAACUGUUUUAUAUAUUUGCCCUCCUAGAAAGAGUGCACCCUACCUUGUUAGAACAUUUGGAAAAUGUAGAAUUAUUUCCGCAUUUUGCAUUGGCAGAAUACACAACCUGGUAUGCGCACAAGUAUGCGGAAAAUAGAAAACUGUUACACAGAUUGUUUGAUUAUUUUCUUGGUAGCCCUCCCUUGAUGCCUCUUUACUUAAGUACUGUAAUUGUAGCCCACAGAGCAACAGAAAUUUUUAAUACGACACCGGAUAUGGGCCAUACGCAUAAAGUUUUGUGUACUUUACCGGACGAUUUGCCUUUUGAGACGCUUUUAAAUGAAGCAAAGAUGCUAUACCGUGAAUAUCCUCCGGAAUCUAUCGUUAACGAUGUUAAAGAAUACGAUCGAAAACGAAAACGCAAAGAGCAAGAAUGGAAGGCACAGGCGGAUGCAUCUCGACAAGAGAGAGAAAGACAACGUCGACUUAAAAUCGUGCAAUCUACACCAAGAAUACCGUAUCGCAUUAGAAGGUACAAGACUAUAACGGUAGUGACAAUUUUGGCGAUAGGUUUAUACGCAUUCUUAAGAUCCUCGUCUGGUUUCAACUGACAUUAGGUCAAUUUAAUCUAUUUGGACAAUAGAUUGAUUGCCGCAUCUUUCGAUCACCUUUCCUUCCACUUUAUAUUCAUACGCAUAUUAGCUUGAUAAAUAAGAAGGCGAAUUGCUCGGCACACGAACAUAACGAAACGAUUUAUCGAGUACUGUAAAAAGAAGUAUAAUAUCAAGGAUCAACAACUUUUAUUAAACGGCGAUUGAAGAAUUUGUUCUUAAAUACAAUGAGCAUUUUUCGUAAGAGUAUUUUGAGCAUUCCUGCGCUGCCUUUCUGUUGUGUUCUUUAAACUCGACAUUUAAAUGUCAGAAAAGAAACCAAAGCUUAAGGGACAGUGUAAGUGGUGAAAGCGCCAAAGCAUAUACACGCGUUUGUGAAAAAUAUAUAUAUCCGCAAUAUGUAUAUUUUGAAAUAUUAAACAAGUUUUUUAAACGUGAAAUAUAUAUGUAUGUAUAUAUGUAUUUGUUGCUUAGAUUGUCAUUGUGUCCUUAUAAUCUGUGAUGCAAUCAUAUGCAUAUUUAUUGAAAUUCGCCAGCGAAAUUCAAAUUACCGUAGUGGUAAGACAGUGAUUAUUAAUAAAAGAACAUACUUUUGAUUUUCA